GGGGUACGGUUGCCCUCCAUAAUCGGCCAUCGGUUUCGGAACGAACGGAAGGCGAAGGAUAAACAUAUCCUUCCAACCUGCCUCGCUCACCCGCUCAUUCCUUUGAGCCCUCCACCAUUUCAUUUUCAGUCCGAUCGACUCUUGCAUCGUGAUACGACGCCGCCGAGACGACGACCGGUCGCGGAAUCCAGCUCGAGAAAAUUGUCCAACUUUAGACUCUCGACUCCAGGAUUUUCAAGUAGUGGCCCCCCUCGGUAUAGUUGCUCUUCUCCACACCACUCGGAGCGUUACACAUACACAGCACUCACAGUCUCAGAGAGGAACAGACUGCGGCGAGCUGCCGCAAAACGAAGGUCCUGAUAAAAAUAUACGUAACUAAAUUGAAGUGAUACUAUUAUCUACUUGAGAUUUCCAUAAAUUAAUUCGAUAUGUCUCAGAUGAUUACGAUCAGUCCGGGUACCAGUGGCGAACCCCGAUAACCUUGACGUUGAAAGGGAAAAUUUUUAAGCGUUUGAUGGAACGUGACUCAAGCGGAGGAGUGAAGUUGCGAUAAUCGAAUUUCGGUGUUUAGUGUAGAUCUACGUGGAUUAUAGCGAGCCGUGGGAAGCAACGAAAGAAGCUCCGUAUUUGUGUCAAGUGAACCAAAUUAGUUCAACUAUUAUUUGAAGUGCGAAACAAUAUGGAUUAACAGCAAGUGAGUGAAUCGAAGACCCCAAAACAAAGGAAUUCUGAGCUUAACUUCCACCGUCGCGUGUAUUACCCGGAUUCAAACUGUAUCUACCGUCGGAUUGUUGCUCUCCGGUGCUGAAUAGGGAGUAUUCAUCAACAACCGGACACUACAAUCCCCUCGGCUCCAAGUUGGAUUUCAAAAACGGCUGUGCCGAUUCCGGCCCUGCUGGUAUUGGUAGCGGCGGCAGUGGUGCUCCCCCAUCCGGAUUAAGUCCAGCCAGUCCUGAUUCGCAGCAGUUCAAUAUCUUUCCAGCGAUCUUUAGCCGCCAACUGAAUUUCACCGGAUCAGGCGCUACGUGCGGAACCGGUAGUCAAACGGGUAAACUAAUGGACGACCUCCGACCAAAUCUUGUCGGUGGCCUACUGGGCCUACAGCAAGGCCUGCUAGACGAUCACAGUCUGUCGCAUGGAAACCUUCAGCACAAUGCUCAAGACUCGAAGUUCAUGUCGCUUCAAGACAACCGACUGAUGGGAAUAGGAUCGCAUGAAAACCGCUUACUAGGAUUAUCACAGGAAAACCGAGCGCCAGGUGGAGGACCCGCCGGAGGUCAAGCAACUGCCGCAGACAAAUCCCUCCAGCGAAAGUGCAGCAGCACGCCGGAGGAUUUCAGUGCCCUGUACGGUGGAUUAACGGGAACCAGCAUUAGUGACCAUCACCAUCAUCACACGCCUGCACACACGCCCCCGAACCGGUUGAGUGACAAUGCAUCGGUGACAGCGGAAGGUGCUUUUAAAAAACUAAAACCCGAACCAAACAGUGGACUUUCGUCGGUGUCCGGUAGCAUCUCGUCACCCGGAAGUGGUAUCUCGUCCCUGCCUCAGCACGCCGGCCACACACCUACGACGGCAUCUUGUCCGACACCGGCCCGGAGGCGGCAUCGGACGACAUUUACUCAGGAACAGUUAGCAGAACUAGAAGCGGCCUUUGCAAAAUCCCACUACCCCGAUAUCUACUGUAGAGAGGAACUAGCGCGAACAACUAAACUAAACGAAGCAAGGAUACAGGUCUGGUUUCAGAACCGGCGGGCCAAAUAUCGCAAGCAAGAAAAGCAAUUACAGAAAGCGCUCGCCCCCUCAGUGAUACCGUCGUGCAAUGGCAUGAUGCGAAACAUACAAGGCUACAGCGUGUCCCGAGGUUAUCAACCGUAUCCCCAUCCAAACUCAAUCAAUCGAUAUCCGCAGGAUCUCUUCCAAAUGAGUGGUUCCUCGUAUCCCGGAAUGACGCAGCCAUUCUCGAUGACGCACAGUUCCGGCAUGAGCUCAGUAGGCGUCCGCCAGGAUUCAAUGGGAAUGUCUGCGGAGGACGAAUGGUACAACAAAAGCCUAUCAGCAUUGCGAAUGAACAGCUCUCAUCACCCAAACCUGUCGGCACCGAUGCUGCAAUAUCAGACAUAAUUAAUGUAGGAUCAGGCAUAACCUUUCCCGUAAACUGUUGGAACACCAUCUCCGGCAGCCGUGGAGAGGAAGAGUGCUGUUCAAACAGUUUAACAUAGUAGGCGUAUAGGAGGAAAUAUGGAAUCAAAUCUAGUCAGCACAGGAAGUGAAAAACAACCGGAGCAAUAUUUGAAACGGGUGUAACUACUUUUACAAACAUUGCAGUUUAGACAUAUUACGAAUAAUGAACAACAAUCUUGUUGUUUGUUUGCAAAUGCAGAGGCACCCGUUUCGAAUAUUAGUUUUAAAAAGCUUAAAACAAAUCACAGCUUACGUUCGAAGCAUGCGUUGUUGCUCUUAGGUUAAGUAAAUCGUCAUUUUCGUUUCGAACGCCACCGACAUACUCGCUCCUGAUCCUGAACUACGGCACAAGGACGACGCAAAAAUAUACAAUAAAUCGUUUAAAUUUCAUUAGCCUACCCAGUAGCGAAUGCUUUCAAUUAAAUCGAUUCGUCAGGUUGAGCGCACUAAAAGCGUUAUAUUUAUUCGCUACGGAUGCGAUCUUUCGCAGGAGCAUUGCAUGACUGUUAAUCGAUGUCUGCCAUAACUUUCGUUUCUUGCGCGUCUCUAUACUCGCUUCGGUAACAUAUUUUCAUUUUUUUUUUUUUCAAAAUCAUGCGAAUUGAAGUUCAAUAAUUUGAUUAUAAUUUUGCAAUAGUUCGAUGAAAGUAUUUUUCUCCAAACGAGCAAUUCUCACGCUAAACCGAAUUUAAUAGGAGAGUGAACCUCAUCUUUGAGACUUCACAAGGAGUGUAUCCCAAAGUAAGAUUAGUAAAAUUUUAGAUCUGUACAUAUAGAGGACUUUAGGCACAGCUCAAAAUCGGGAGAAUUGAUUUGUAUGUGUUUCUGCUUCGUAUGAGAGCAACCAAACUGGCAGCAAAUCAAAUAAUGUAAGCUACACUAAUUCGAUAGGCGUUAUGGAAAAGAGUGCACAAAAAUAAUAAUAUUGGCAGAUAAAACUGCACAACUAUCCGCUGUGUCGGAGCUGGAAAUAAGUUAUACAUAAACAGUGCUAGUCGUGUAAGGUACCGAAAAUAACUAAGAAAAUAUGGUGAAUGAAAAGGAGUCAUAAAACAACUGCUGAAUUGUAAGAUCAAAACUAAAUUUGAGUAUAAACGUAGCUAAAUUUUUAAUUUGAAAUUCUCCAUGGCAUUGGAUCCGACACAUUUUCACAUAAGCAAAAAUGAAGCAAAAAAUACUGAGAGAUCUGUUUUACAAGUCGAGCGGAGUUUCAAAUCGUAGGGAAUAAAUGAUCGAUUUGAUUUGUUCAAUAGAAUCAUAAUACAAGGUGAGAGUUACUGGUUGAUCUAUAUUACGAUGCAAGUAACAAUUCUAGUCGCAAAAUGAUAACAAAAAUAAAAACAGUAAGCCAAAGCCAAAACAAAGCAUUGAUAGAAUGUGUACAUAUAGACCAAAAAUACAAUGCAUUAAAAACUAUUUCAGAUGUAA